AUGGCCGCGCCCGCCCUCCUCUCCCUCUCCCCGGCCGUCUCCAGGCACCCCCACCUCCUCUUCUCCCACACCCACUCGCCCCGCCACCUCCGCCUCGCCCCACCCGCCGCCUCUUCCUCCCCGAGCGGCGGCGGCGGCGGCGUCUUCCUCUCGCCGACCGCGCUCUCGCAGCUCGACGCGCUCGCCUCCUUCCGCUACGCGCACACCUUCCCGCACGGCAGCCUCACCGUGCGCGCGCUCACCCCGGAGGACGACGCCGAGGCCGACGCGCUCGUGCGCCUCCUCGCAUCCUCCUUCUCCGAGGACGUCAGGUGGGCCCCCGCGCAGCGCUACGCCCAGCUCCUCGCCUUCGUCAUCCGCCGCUACCUCCACGAGCGCCGCGGCCUCGCGCCCCACGCCGCGGUCCUCGUGGGGUUCUACAAGCCCGCUGUCUCCGCGGAGGGCGGUGAGGAGGGCGACGAGGAUGAGGGGGAGAUGGCGUGCACCGCCGAGGUGUCGCUCGACGCGGUGGGCGCGCCCGGAGCGCCGCCCACGCCCACGCCGCCGCUUGACUUCCCUUACAUCUGCAACAUGACUGUCAAGACCUCCUUCAGGAGGAGAGGAAUUGGAAAACAACUUCUUAAGGCAUGUGAGGAUCUGGUUGUCAAGAUGGAUGCCAAAACACCUGUAUAUCUUCAUUGUAGAAUAAUCGACCAAGUUCCGUUUAACAUGUACAAAAAAGCAGGAUACGACAUUGUUCAGACCGACAGUAUUUUUGUUUGGCUGAGUCUCCAGAAGCGCAAGCACUUGAUGCGCAAGGAGUUACCACAAGUUUCUGUUGGCAGUGAGUGUACAACAAUAGAAUUUGAUGAUAACAUUUUGACAGGCUGAACAUGCAAUAGCGCCAUCAGGUACACAUGAGUUAACUCUUAUGUAUAAAUCUAUGCUUCUAUUUCAACGCUAA